GGAGAGGAGGGAGGGGGCCCGUCCGACAGCCACAGCGGCCAGAAAGGCGGCAGCGGCGGCGGCACCACCACCGCUCGCCCCCCAGCCGCCCGGCCCGCCAGGAGGCAGCGGCGGCUGCUGGCGGGGGCGGAGGCGGCGGCGGAGAGGCGAGGAGGAGCAGCGGGAGGAGCAAGAGCGCGCAGCCGGCGGGUCCACGCAUCUCAGCACUUCCAGAGCAACUCCGGCGCCUUCCACACCCCUGCCCGGGGCUGGGGGCUCCGCGAGCGGCCGCGAAGCCAACCCCAUCCUCCCUGCGAGCCCUGCCCAGCCCUGCCCUGCGCCUCCCGGGCUCCGCUCCGCGCGGCGGGUUUCCCGCUCCUGCGCUCCGGGCGCGCCUCCCGGACGCCCGGGUCCCCGCAGCCAGGACAAAGCCAUGAAGCCGGGGCUGCUGGAAGUGAUGAGGAUGAACAGAAUUUGCCGGAUGGUGCUGGCCACUUGCUUGGGAUCCUUUAUCCUGGUUAUCUUCUAUUUCCAAAUCAUGCGGAGGAACCCCUUCGGUGUGGACAUCUGCUGCCGGAAGGGGUCCCGAAGCCCCCUGCAGGAACUCUACAACCCGACCCAGCUGGAGCUCUCCAACACGGCCGUCCUGCACCAGAUGCGGCGGGACCAGGUCACAGACACGUGCCGGGCCAGCAGCGCCGUGAGCCGCAAGCGGCGGGUGCUGACCCCCAACGACCUGAAGCACCUGGUGGUGGAUGACGACCACGAGCUCAUCUACUGCUACGUGCCCAAGGUGGCGUGCACCAACUGGAAACGGCUCAUGAUGGUCCUGACCGGGCGGGGCAGGUACAGCGACCCCAUGGAGAUCCCGGCCAACGAGGCGCACGUCUCGGCCAACCUGAAGACCCUGAACCAGUACAGCAUCCCCGAGAUCAACCACCGCUUGAAAAGCUACAUGAAGUUCCUGUUCGUGCGGGAGCCCUUCGAGAGGCUGGUGUCCGCCUACCGGAACAAGUUCACGCAGAAGUACAACACCUCCUUCCACAAGCGCUACGGCACCAAGAUCAUCCGGCGGCAGCGCAAGAACGCCACGCAGGAGGCCCUGCGCAAGGGCGACGACGUCAAGUUCGAGGAGUUCGUGGCCUAUCUCAUAGACCCGCACACCCAGCGCGAGGAGCCCUUCAACGAACACUGGCAGACCGUCUACUCCCUCUGUCACCCGUGCCACAUCCACUAUGACCUCGUGGGCAAGUAUGAGACGCUGGAGGAGGAUUCCAAUUACGUCCUGCAGCUGGCGGGCGUGGGCAGCUACCUGAAGUUCCCCACCUACGCCAAGUCCACGAGAACUACUGAUGAAAUGACCACAGAGUUCUUCCAGAACAUCAGCUCAGAGCACCAGACGCAGCUGUACGAAGUCUACAAACUCGAUUUUUUAAUGUUCAAUUACUCAGUGCCAAGCUACCUGAAAUUGGAGUGAAGGGUGGAGGUGGGGAGAGGGGCGAGAAUCGUGCUUUUUAAUUUAAGAUUUUUAUUUGUCAAAAGAAUUCUAUGGAUA